AGCACCACCAGCCCCAACAACAACAAACGUACUAAAGCUCGCACCCCCCUUCCACCCAUCCCAACGACCCUCGCCUCCGCCAGCGCCUCCGACCUUCUCAUCCUCCGUCUUCGCGACGAGGCCUCCACCCCUUGGUCCGCCAUCAACCAGGCAUGGACGGAUCUGACGGGGAUCAGUGUGGGCGGGUCGACCCUCCGAGCGAGGUAUAACACCAUGAAGAAGAAUUUUGUGGUGGUGGAUCCGGGUGAUGAAGCAAAAAUCCUCCAAGCUAAGAAGGAUGUUGAGGGACGAUUGGAAACGGAGAAGUGGAGAUUGAUUGCUGAGGAGGUGGGAAAGGCUGGUGGGGGAACUUAUCCUGGGGAGUGUUUGAGGAAGUAUGUGAGGGAGAUGGAGAAGGGGAAGAAGAGUGCUUCUGCU